GAGACCUAGGAUUCGAUGGCGAGAUCCCUUUCAAGAAACGAAGCUAGAGGACGACAUCCUCCCUCUCGGAUUCUCGACCCACUCCCGACGGCGAAUUCGUUGGAAAUCGUGGUUGCCCGGCCGAUAUCGGUGGCUCCUCCGGCGUCGAAGCCGAAUUGUGAGGAGCUGUAAGCAGUUUUGGAAGGCAGGGGAUUAUGAUGGGCAACCGGCCGCUGCGGGCUCGGAUAUGGUUCCGGUGGGCAUGGAUCAUGUGAGGGUUCAUCCUAAGUUUCUGCAUUCAAAUGCUACCAGUCACAAAUGGGCUCUUGGAGCUUUGGCUGAGCUUCUAGACAAUUCCAUGGAUGAGGUGUGUAAUGGAGCUACAUUUGUAAAUGUUGAUAUGUUAAAGAAUAAAAAAGAUGCAACAAAAAUGCUACUUGUUGAAGAUAAUGGCGGUGGCAUGGAUCCGGAUAGAUUGCGGCAAUGCAUGUCUCUGGGUUAUUCAGCAAAGAGUAAAUCAGCAAAUACUAUUGGUCAAUAUGGAAAUGGCUUCAAGACAAGUACUAUGAGACUUGGCGCAGAUGUCAUUGUGUUUUCUUGUUGUCGUGAAAAAGAAGGCAGAAGCUCCACACGGAGCAUUGGUUUGCUGUCCUACACCUUUUUGAGAAAUACAGGAAAAGAAGAUAUUGUAGUGCCUAUGAUUGAUUAUGUGAAAGAAGGAGAAGUUUGGGCUAAGAUGACACGAUCGUCUUCAGAUGUUUGGAAAAAUAAUUUGGAAAUUAUUCUACAAUGGUCUCCAUAUUGUAGUGAAGAUGAUCUACUUCAACAGUUUAACUUUAUGACUGAUCAAGGAACGCGGAUAGUUAUAUAUAAUUUAUGGGAUGAUGACCAAGGAGAGCUGGAACUUGAUUUUGAUACUGACCAGCAUGACAUUCAGGUCAGAGGUGCUAACCGUGAUGAGAAAAAAAUUCAAAUGGCGAGACAAUGUCCAAAUUCGAGGCAUUUUCUUACUUAUCGGCAUUCUUUAAGGAGUUAUGCAUCAAUUCUUUAUCUACGACUGCCUCGUGGCUUUAAAAUGAUUCUCCGGGGGGAAAAAAUUGAACACCAUAACAUCGUAAAUGACAUGAUGAUGAAGCAAGAGGUCACUUAUCGACCUCAACCGGGUCCAGAUGGGGUUCCGAAGGAUCCAAGUAUGGUUGCUGUUGUGGCAAUUGGCUUCGUGAAGGAUGCUAAAGAUCAUAUUGAUGUUCAAGGAUUUAACGUCUAUCACAAGAACCGGCUGAUAAAGCCUUUUUGGAGAGUGUGGAAUGCUGCUGGAAGUGAUGGCCGUGGUGUUAUUGGUGUAUUGGAAGCAAAUUUUGUUGAACCAGCUCAUGAUAAACAGGGUUUUGAGCGCACAACUGUGCUUUCAAGACUUGAAGCACGUCUUCUUCAGAUGCAGAAAACAUACUGGACAACAAACUGUCAUAAAAUUGGCUAUGCUCCAAGGCGUAACAAGAAACUUAUUAAUGGCUCUGAAGAUAAAGAUGGCUCACCCGAAGCUCCUCAUUCUUCUACAAAAGGCCUUCCAAAGCGUACAUUCUCUGCACAUGUUUUUUCUGGGCAACAAAAGUCUAGCACGUCUUCCUUUCAUUCGAGCCAUAAGAUGGCAGAGAGCUGUGUCACUAGAGGUUUGAAUGGAACUGGAAAAGGUGGAUAUAGCUCUAAUGACAAAGCUGCUUCAUUUGGAGGUGUAAGAACCCAACCUUUAGCUGCAAAAUCGAACUCGAAGGAAGCUGAUGUUAGCAAUGGACAUAACUCUAUCCAACAGUUAACAAAUGAAAAUACAUCAUUGAAAAACAGGCUAAAGAGAUUGGAAGAGACGAUGUUGCAUGAAUUGCAGAAUGAAAGAGAUAAAAAUAAAGCUUUAACCGAGCAAGUUAGAGCUUUGGAAGAACAGGUGCAAGUGCUAAAUAAUGAACAAGAAGCUCUAAUUAGCAUAUUCGAAGAAGAAAGAUCUCGUCGAGAAAUGGAUGAGGAGAAGUUGAGGAAUAAACUCAAGGAAGCUUCUGCUACCAUUCAAGAACUAUCGGGGAAGUUGUACUCUGGAGAAAGCCAUAGCUAUACCAAACGGGAGCCUUAGAACCUGGCCUUCUGCUGAAUAACUUUACUCCGACUUCCAGAAACAUUGAUAACAAUGGAGGGUUUUGCUGAAUUGUAGGAGAUCACUAUUUUGCAGAUAUUAGUGACGGUAGUCAUAAAUAACUUGAGGAGUGAGGAAUACUCGAUAGCAAAUCUGAGCACCAAUUCUUUUUUAUGUAGACCUGUAAAUUAUCAUUCAUCUAGGUCUGUACAGGUUAUAUAGUAAUCUAGCUUAUCUAUCUGUGUAGACAUCAAACUCAUUCAUUUAUUGUUUCAAGAUAAUUUUUGUAAAUAUUUUGGUACUUUUUUCAUCUUUUGGAGGAAAUGACACAUAUUAUUGCAUCU